AUGUUACUCCUCAUCCUCGUCAGCCAAGCGCUAAGACACAGACAGCGGGAAGACAGGCGCCAACGAGACGUCCUGGAGUCCACAGAAAUCCCAGCAGAGCACAUCGACCCAGCUGCCAUCGACCUCACUCCCCUGGUCAAUACCCUAAUAAAUUCAAGCCAAUCGGGCUCCCGUCAGCUCUUCUCCCUCCUCAGCGUGACGUCCUACAGCUCUCUGGCUCUCCACAAACUCACCCUGUUGGUCUACAACAUUUCCAGCAUUAGAAGUAUACAAAGCAACAUGUUGAGGAGAAGAUUCUGUUACUGUGUCACCAAUGAGACCAACGAUUUAACUGAUUUCACAGCCGUUCUGUUGGAUGUGGUUGGAAACUCAACGAGUUACCUACACGAGCUCUUUAAAUCUGCCUCCAUAUUGUCAGUGAGCCAGCGGAACAACUCGGACUGCAUCUACAUCUGUGUGAUGGCAGGUAAGACGGGUAAAGAGGUGCCGGAGCUCUGGGAGGUCGACUCCGUCUCCCCGCUCUUCAACCAGACCAUCGUCGAAGGUCGUUGGUUCAUCGGUUUCACCAACAACUGUGGACGAAACAGCUGCAACAACAGCGAAGAUCACCACUGCUCAGCCGCCGCCAACGGCUCGACAACCAGAAACCAUCACGCCACAACGUCGGAUCACAGCAGGCGGACCGGAGACAGCAAAAGCAGGGACGAGACAAACGGAGGCGGCGCAAAGAGCGACUACACAAAUGCUCCUGACACAAAGAGCGACGAAGCCAAGUGCCACAACAGCCCGGUCACAAGCUACGGAAAACCCGACAACAGCAACAGUUCCGCAACAGAGCGAGAUGUCGACGCAACCGACCACCACCCCACCAGUCACCGGCGUGUCGGUGACGACCGCUGCUGCUCCAACCACAGUAACGACUCGAUCCACUACCACAGCAACUGGGACAACCCAGGCUGUCCUUGGAGAAGGCCGGGGAUGACCGGCGAGUCGACCUCCGGCAGCACGACGACAGUCGGCGCUCACAAGCUGCAGCCCUGCGUCCUGGAGCUCUGCAAGUUCUUCUCCCAGUGCCUCUGCAGACCCUUUGACCGCAGGACACGCACGAAAAGAUACUGUGACGACAGCCACCUCUGGUACGAGAAACACACGGCCGAGGUGUGUCGGCGGGUCAGGAGAGUCUCCUUCUCCAGAAACCUGAAACAGAGAUGCCUGACAAAGAUGUGCAAUGACCUGUGACCAGAGUGGAAGCAGAGAGACGAACAAAGAGCUGUUCAUCAUCACGGGAAGUGACUGAAACUGCAAAGUACAGCUGAGUGCACUUCUGGAACAUCUGGCGAAUAUAUGGAAACAGAAUCUGGAGGUUUCCAAAUCUGGGUUUGGAAAUUGUUUGCACUGAAUUCUCUUGUACACAUCCGCCAUUUGCCAUAUUUUGACGUUCAUCUCUACAGUCUACACCGUGAUUUCAUUGAGUUUUUAGGGCCAAGAACGCUACAUGUGUGACUCCUACCAAACACUGUGCAAAAACUCUGUCGUCCUGGACUUUUUCUGAAAAUCGUAUCUAAAGCCAAGCUCUUCAAAUCAGUGUGGAAUUUGAAAAAAAAUGUAGAAACUCUGUCGUCUUCUAAAGAAACCAGUCGAGAUUUAGAUGUUUCUUGUGUCAGCUCAAUAAAAAUCUGGCUAAUUU